GCGGCGGUGCGGAGCUCGGUUCCGGUUCCGGUCCCGGCUCGGUGGCGGCGGCGUCCGCCCGCCAUGCAAUGUCCGCACUCAACUGGAAACCCUUCGUGUAUGGCGGGCUCGCCUCCAUCGUGGCCGAGUUCGGCACGUUCCCCGUGGACCUCACCAAGACGCGGCUGCAGGUGCAGGGGCAGAGCACGGACGCGCGGUUCCGCGAGGUUCGGUACCGGGGAAUGUUCCACGCGCUCUUCCGCAUCUGCCGCGAGGAGGGCGGACGGGCCCUGUACUCGGGGAUCGCCCCGGCGCUGCUGAGACAGGCGUCCUAUGGCACCAUCAAGAUCGGGAUCUACCAGAGCCUGAAGCGGCUCUUCGUGGACCGCAUGGAAGAUGAAACCUUGCUCAUCAAUGUGAUUUGUGGGGUGGUCUCGGGGGUCAUCUCCUCUGCGCUGGCCAAUCCCACAGAUGUGCUGAAGAUCCGAAUGCAGGCUCAGGGCAGCUUGUUCCAGGGUGGGAUGAUUGGCAGCUUCAUUGACAUCUACCAGCAGGAAGGUACCCGAGGCCUCUGGAGGGGUGUUGUCCCCACGGCCCAGCGAGCAGCCAUCGUGGUGGGGGUGGAGCUGCCAGUCUACGACAUCACCAAGAAACAUCUGAUCCUGUCAGGCCUCAUGGGGGACACCAUCUUUGCCCACUUCGUUUCCAGUUUCACGUGCGGGCUGGCGGGGGCCAUCGCCUCCAACCCCGUGGACGUGGUGAGGACGAGGAUGAUGAACCAGCGCGCCAUCGUGGGCAGCACCGAGCUCUACAAGGGCACUCUGGAUGGCCUGGUCAAGACGUGGAAGAGCGAGGGCUUCUUUGCACUCUACAAAGGCUUUUGGCCCAACUGGCUUCGUCUGGGUCCCUGGAACAUCAUCUUUUUUAUCACAUAUGAGCAGUUGAAGCGCCUCCCUUUCUGAGAGCUGCCUUUAUCUCACCAGAGUCAUCCUCGGGGCUGGCAGCAGGGCUGUGCUGCCGCCUCUCCCUUCAUCCCACUGUCCCCCUGUGGUGUUUGGUCCCUGUGGGCUGGGCUCUCCCCACAUGCAGGGUCCCUGCAGCAGGAGCUGCCUGGGACAGCCAGAGCCAUAUUUGCCACCAGAGGUGUCCGUGUGCCUGCAGGAGUAUCUUCUGUGAAGAUCUGUGCAUUCCAGUGGCCUUUGGGGCACUAUGGCUAGUGGCUGGCAGGUGUGGGGGUCAUCCGUGGGGCGGGGCUGGGGCCCGGGAAGGUGCCAUUGUCAUCAUGUUUCUUGCAAAACUUGUAACUUCAUUAAAUUAUUUAUUGACUGGA